CGAGCGCCGCUUCCCCACAUGUCACCUUAUCCCCAUGUUUGUGGCCAGUGAUGUGGUCAGCGAAGAGACCAGUGAAGAUGGCAGCACCCACAAGAUUGAACGCCGCUGUGCUCUGGAUGUGGAUGCCCCCCGUCUCCUCAAAAGGAUUGCCGGUGUGGACUACGUUUACUUCAUCCAGAGAAACACCCUGAACCGUAAAGAGAGGACGCUACACAUCGAGUCACACAAUGAAACCUUCUCCAACAGAGUUAUCAUCCACGAGACCUGCUGCUACUCGGUUCAUCCUGAGAAUGAAGACUGGACUUGCUUUGAGCAGACUGCCAGCCUGGACAUCAAGUCUUUUUUUGGAUUUGAGAGCACUGUGGAGAAGAUCGCUAUGAAGCAGUACGCCGGCAGCAUCAAAAAGGGAAAAGAGAUCAUUGAGUUCUACCUGAAGGAGCUUGAAGAUGAGGGCAUUACACAUGUGACGCGCUGGUCACCCUCCUCUCAGACAACAGCUCUGCAGAGACCGACUAGUCUGUCCACCACCCCCUGUGCCCUGCCUGCCCUCCCAAUGUCCCCCACGGUCCUCACCCCCACGGCUGCUGAUACCAAGGACGGAGCCUGCGGAGAAACCAAACAGGAAAUGAGCCUGGUGCUUCAGACUGAGAGCCUAUUGGAGAUGCUGGCUGGAACUCCCGAAGAUAAAUUGGAUGCAGAUUACAUCAAACGUUACCUAGGUGACCUCACACCGCUGCAGGAGAGCUGUCUCAUCAGACUUCGGAAAUGGCUGCAAGAAACGCACAAGGGAAAGAUUCCCAAAGAUGAGCACAUUCUUCGUUUCUUGCGAGCACGGGACUUUAAUAUUGACAAAGCACGGGAAAUUCUAUGUCAGUCUCUGACCUGGAGGAAGCAGCACCAAGUGGACUACCUCCUGGAGACCUGGAGCUCUCCUCAGGUCCUGCAGGACUUUUAUACAGGGGGCUGGCACCACCAUGACCGAGAUGGUCGUCCCUUGUACAUCCUGAGACUGGGUCACAUGGACACAAAAGGACUGGUGCGGGCCCUGGGAGAGGAGUCCUUACUGAGACACGUUCUCUCCAUCAAUGAGGAAGGACUGAGGCGUUGUGAAGAGAACACCAAAGUCUUUGGGCGACCAAUCAGCUGCUGGACGUGUUUGGUGGACCUGGAGGGGCUGAACAUGCGUCACUUGUGGAGGCCGGGGGUCAAAGCGCUUCUGAGGAUCAUAGAAGUGGUGGAGGCCAACUACCCCGAGACCCUGGGGCGCCUACUUAUCCUGAGAGCCCCCCGUGUGUUCCCCGUGCUCUGGACACUGGUCAGUCCAUUCAUUGAUGAAAAUACACGCAAGAAGUUCCUCAUCUAUGCAGGCAACGACUACCAAGGACCAGGAGGCUUGGUGGAUUAUAUAGACAAGGAGAUUAUCCCUGACUUCCUUGGAGGAGAGUGCAUGUGUGAGGUGCCUGAGGGAGGCCUGGUUCCUAAGUCCAUGUACCGAACACCUGAAGAGAUGGAGAAUGAGGACGUGCGUCUAUGGACAGAGACCAUCUACCAGAGCUCCAGCAUUUUCAAAGGAGCUCCACACGAGAUCCUUAUUGAGAUCAUCGAUGCCUCCUCUGUCAUCACCUGGGACUUCGAUGUGUGUAAAGGAGAUGUGGUCUUUAACAUCUUCCACUCCAAGCGUGCCCCUCAGGCCCCUCGUAAGGACCCCCAUGGGAUCACAUCUCCCGGAGGAAACAAUGUGCAGCUCAUAGACAAGUCCUGGACCAUGGGCCAGGACUACAGCAUGGUGGAGUCCCCCCUCACCUGCAAGGAGGGCGAGAGUGUGCAGGGCUCACAUAUCACACGGUGGCCCGGUUUCUACAUCCUGCAGUGGAAGUUCCACAACAUGCCGGCCUGCUCUGCCACCAACCUGCCCCGAGUGGACGACGUUUUGGCCACGCUGCAGGUCUCCUCCCACAAGUGUAAAGUCAUGUAUUACACAGAAGUACUGGGCUCUGAGGACUUCAGGGGAUCCAUGACCAGCCUGGAGUCCAGCCACAGUGGCUUCUCUCAGCUGAGCGCCGCUACCACCUCAUCCAACCAAUCACAAUCCAGCUCCAUGAUCUCCAGGUAGAAGCAGGCAUAAGGAGGACUACAAUUCCCAUAAUCCUCCAUUCUCCAACCGUCAGCCUGUUCUAUUACCCUGCAUCUGUUCCUUAUUGCACAGUCAGUCUCUAAGGGAACUAAAGCAUGCUUGCACAAAACAAAGAAAAACAGAUUCAUUCAGAGACAAAGACAAAAAAUACUGUACAGAUUCAAAGGGCUCAUUUUUGCACAAAGGUCAUAUAUUUUUCGUGCCUGGCAUCAUUGUUAGGCCACAUUUUAAACCCAAACAUAGGCAGAAUGUUUAUGUGAGGCGAGAAAGCUGUAUAGAGCAAUAUUUCAUUCAAGAUUGGAUGGAAACCACUGGAGGGCGCUGUUACGUUUAUGCAUUUGUACAGACAUACAGCACUUUUUACAACGCAGACCUCAUCCACAUGCGUUGAAUAGACUGGACGUGCUGUUACAUUUACGGACCUUGCAAAAAUUCAGUGUAUUUGCCAUAUAUUGUCAUACCAUCUUUGCUUAUCUAGUGUUUCUAGUACAAGUGUAAGCAUAGAAUUAGUGUUUAAACUUGGGUUGAUAACUGUAUAUUUUAUAACAAGAAUCAUUCAGGCAACCUCAAGAUUACCAGAGGCCAUUUUGUCUUGUUAGUCAACUUUAGAGAAACACCUAUGUCUUCUAAACUCUUAACAUUGUAAUCUACUAGAAGCAAUACGUUUCUACUUGUGAAAAAAUCUAUUUAUCAUUAAAAUAUUUGUAGAGUAUAUAAGUAGGAUAUUUUAUGGGUGCUUGGUUGGAGUUUAUUUGAAAGUAAAACUGAGCCAGAUUUAUCAUUACUUGCUUUUGUCUCUUGCAUCCCUCAGAAGACAUUUGCUUUUUGUGAGGUUGAGGAACUAAAGUGGUCAAGAAAGAUGCCUUGAUAAUAUUGAAUUUUGAAUGUGCUAGUGAUUAGGAUUUUCUAAUAUUUGAAUUGCCUGAAAUGGGAGUGUUCGGAGAGAUAUGAACUGCCAUUGUUGAACAUUACUUUUACAUUGAUAUUAUAGCUUAUAUUUGUCUUUUUGGAGAGAAUGUUACUUUGUCAUGAGGGAGCGCCAGUCAUAAUAUAUUGAUACUGUAAUGCUUUCAAUCGUGUUACUGUUUUUGGAGUACUUGAUGGGGUGAAGUGAGUUGGGGUAGUAUAUAAGAUUUUAGAAAUACUUGCAGCCAUUUAAGAGCCAUGUGUCUAUACCAUUUUAGCCUUUUGUAAAAUAAUUUUUUAAAAAGCUAAGAAAUUUGCUUUUUCAACUGUCCAGAUUGAGGCUGGACAGAACAGCAGGCUCAUUUCUAAUGCAUCAAAUACGGUUUGAAACCAAAACUGUUACAUAGUAGGAGUAGUUAUACAUUUCUUUGGUUACGGAGACAAGGCACAACUCAAAGGGGCACAUCAGCAAAGUAAAAUAUUCAGGAAAAGUCCUUUCAAACAUUAAAAUUAGUUGAUUUAGGGUACUAGUACACAGUAGUUGCAAAAUGUAUUUACAUGAUUACUUUUACACAUUGAAAUUGUCCACUCUUAAGUAUAAAAUUUAAAUUAUAUAAAACUGAGAAAUACAGUUUGAAUGAGUUUUCAUGAGAAGAAGUAGACUUUUCAAUUCAAAUUUUGUGACGUAGCACUUUUUGCGUUCAUAUGCCUGUCUGUUUAAAUGUCUCAGUUGUCAGUUACCAAAUAAAUUGAUGGAUCUUUUCAUUGAAAACAAACAAAAUUUGAGUAAAUUAAAAUAUAAAUUGCUUUAUUUAAAAAUGUUUUGAGGGCUACUGUGUGUGUGAUGAUCGAUAAAGCUGAAUGUUGUAAACAGCAGGAUAAAUGCCUGUAUAUUGUGUGUAUAAAACCGUUUUUAAAAUUAUUUCAUGUCUAUGGAGCUUGGUUGAGUAUACAGGAUUAACCUUUCUGUAACAAAUUUUGAAUGGAAGCUGACGUUAAUCUGCAGCAACAGUUGUUUCUGAUUUCAAGUUAUCAUUUUUGUUAAAUUUUUCUCAUAAAAAGGACUAUUUUCAACACACAAAAUGUUCUUUCCACCAGUUAUACUUUUAUUCUCAUUUAAAGAACUUUAACAUUUCAAGAGUCUACAUGUGAACAAUUGGACAACAAUCUCAUUAUUUCCAGAUGAGGGCUAUUACUGUGGUGUCUUUGACUGUCUCUCUGCUUCUCUCAACAUCUUUGCAUAUCUUUACCUUGAUUUGAGGAAUUGUGUAAAAAGUAUUUGUUUGAAAUAAAUAAUAAAAUGGCGCCUUCACAUUUUUGAAAAUAUUAAACUUGAACUUUGAAAAAAUAAACUCUUUUUCAUCAUCA